UUGUGAGGGAGCCAUCUGCCUGAAUUAAAGCCCAUAUAUCCGAAAGUCUGCAGUGGGGAGAUUUCCCUAAAGUUCCAGAAAUAUAUGUGUUUGAUUGUGGCCUAUUGCCUCAGGCCCAGGGCUGUUAUAUAAUACCAUACUGGAAAGCUGGAGCUGCAGCUGAUGAAGAUUCCAACAGAUUCCAUCAACAGUCACACUUUAUCCAAUCAUGUCUUUAAAUGCAUUAUUGUCCCUGAUCCUAUAAAAGAGAGGAGCCUUGGGAAGGCACAUCAGAUGAACCCAGUUCAGAAAGUGAGUCACACAGCGAGUCCUCAGCCUUCAGCUCAAGAUUACCCAGUCUGAAGUUCAGUCUUCUGGAGGAGCUUGCAGUUCUUAAACAUCCACCAGUUGUUGAAAGAGAUCUCCCAAGAAACAAGUCAGCAGAGAUUGAAUCCCUGAAGUUGCGGCUCUCUGAGAAUUCUUGUUAAGAAUGGCUUUAGACCUCAGAAUUUCCUUUCAAGAUGAACCAUCCAGGAAGGAUGCUGGGUCAGAUAAUCUAGAGCUUAAACCCAGCCAAAGAUCUGCCAUCCAGGAGGGAGAGGGGAUCUCUGAGUUCCGGAGCACUCAGCUCAGCUUAUUUCAAAACAGCAAUAACUCAUGCGCAAGGCAGGAGCUGCAAAGACUCUAUAAAUUAUUUCACUCAUGGCUGCAGCCAGAAAAACACAGCAAGGAUGAAAUAAUUUCUCGUUUGGUCCUGGAACAGUUUAUGAUCAAUGGCCGCUACGGUGACAGGUCCACUUUACAAGAGAAAUGGAAUGCAAGCGGCAGAAACCUGGAGAAAUUCAUGGAAGAUCUGACCGAUGAUGGCAUGAAGCCACCUGGCUUAGUCCACGUCCACAUGCAGGGACAGGAAGCCCUCUUUUGUGAGAAUAUGCCCUUAAGAGAAGUCAUUGUUCACUUCACAAAACAGUUGUCGACAGGAACUCCAGCAGGAGAGAACAUGGGGACACCUUUCUGGACUCUUCAAGAUACUUCCCUGGAAACAAGACAAAAAAGUGAAGGUAAAGAAAAUGGCGGCAACAUUUCUUUGAAAACUUGUCAAGUAAAUGACCGUAUUACUAGUCCACGCAACCAAAUACCUUUCCUACUCAUUAUCCAAGAAGAGAACAGUCUGAGGCCUGAAGAAGGAGGUGUUUGUUUGGAGAAUACACUCAGCUCCGGAAGAGCAGGUCCAGGCCACUCCAGGUCCCAGGAAGGGUCCCUGAAAGGACCCUCCUAUCAAGAUGUCCUUGUGGAGGUGGAACCAGAGUUUCUCUUCAAGCCAGACCAGGUCACCUUUGAGCCUGUUUCUACCCACCAGAGCACUGAGGGGAACUCUGCUCAUGGGGAACACCAAGAAAGAUUCCAAGGAGCCCCAAAAGUGUACAAAUGUGAGACAUGUCCCAAGAUCUUCAGGUAUUCCUCUCGGUUAAAAGUUCACCAGAAAAGACACAAUAAUGAGAGGACAUAUAUUUGUGCCGAGUGUGGCAAAGGCUUCUUCCAGGCAUCAGACCUACAUGUGCAUCAGAGGAUUCAUGUAGGAGAGAAGCCUUUCAUGUGCAGCACGUGUGAAAUGGCCUUCAGCCACAAAACCAACCUUCGGGCUCACGAGAGAAUCCACACGGGAGAGAAGCCCUAUGUAUGUUCCCUUUGCCAGAGACGCUUCCGCCAGUCCUCCACCUACCACCGCCACCUUAGGUUACACCAGAAAAUUGCCCUCAAAAGUGUUCCCUCCACACUAAAAUCUUCCUUGGCUAUGGCCCCAAUGUGAUGUAUAUAAAUUAUGCAUGUGCGUAUGUUUAUUUCCAUAGUACUGCUCUAUAGAAUAUACUUUAUAAAAAUAAUUUUAAAAACGAAAAAAAGUGGCAAUUCCCUGGCGGUUCAGUGGUUAAGACGCCGUGCUUCCACUGCAGGGGGCACAAGUUCCAUCCCUGGUCGGUGAACUAAGAUCCCACAUGCCUUGCAGCACGGCCAAAAAUAAUAAUAAUUAA